AUGAGGAGGGCAAAACACGCCCCCUAGACGCUCGGCUGAAGUGUCCUUGUCUGCAGGGAAGAGGCAGGUAGGUCUAUCGAGAUACCUCAAAAAGUGUCCGCUCGCUCCUCUCUGUAGCUAAGGAGCCUGCAGUGACGACAACAUGGGUCGCAAAGAAAUAACUUGCAGUUGGAAGAAAGUCACCAACAACAUCAGAGAUGUGUUCGAAUUCAAACAAGCGCUGGGAUCGGGUUCGUUCUCCGAGGUGUAUUUGGUGCGAGAGAAGAAGACAGGAAACCUGUAUGCCCUGAAGUGUCUGAAGAAAAAACACCUCAGCUGUAGCAACCUGGAGAACGAGAUCACUGUGCUGAAGAAGAUAAGGCAUGACAAUGUGAUUGGACUGGAAGAUUUCUAUGAGACUCAGACACACUAUUACCUCGUCAUGCAGCUGGUGUCUGGUGGAGAGCUGUUUGACCGUAUCAUAGAUCGGGGGGUGUACACAGAGAAGGACGCCAGCCAGCUGGUCCGCCAAGUACUGCAAGCUGUCAACUACCUUCACGAGAACAGCAUAGUGCACAGGGACCUCAAGCCAGAGAACCUGCUAUACUUCGACUCAGACGAGAACUCCAAGAUCAUGAUCAGUGACUUCGGCCUGUCCAAGAUGUCCAACCACGGAGUGAUGUCCACAGCCUGCGGCACGCCAGGAUAUGUUGCCCCUGAAGUUCUGGCUCAGAAACCCUACAGCAAGGCAGUGGACUGCUGGUCCAUAGGAGUCAUCACAUACAUCCUGCUGUGUGGCUACCCUCCGUUCUUCGAGGACAACGAGACACGUCUGUUCGCUAAGAUCAUGAGGGCCGACUACGCUUUCCACUCGCCUUUUUGGGAUGAUAUCUCUGAGUCAGCGAAAGACUUCAUCCGGAACAUGAUGCAGAAGCACCCUAACAAACGGUUCACCACAGAACAGGCCCUCAGACACCCCUGGAUCAUUGGAAAGACAGCGAGGGAUCAGGACAUCUAUGAAUCAGUCAGCAUGCAGAUCCAGAGGAACUUUGCCAAGUCCAAAUGGAGGCAAGCCUUCAACGCCACAGCAGCCAUUAAACAUAUGAAGAAGCUGCAGUUGGCCCACGUCGACCCCGACGCCCCUCUCCCUCCCAUCCCUGCCAUAGCCAUCAACCCUUGCAACUCCCAGAAUCCCCUGCGGGGUGUCAACAACAUCACCACAGAGGACGUUGAUGCCAUCGGCAACCUCCCGAUCCCAGUGUGUCACAUGACCCCUCCAGAGGCACAGUACCGGGGCCUGAGAGCCAGUCACAGCGAGCCCAUGCACGCGCCGGUCGUCAUGGAGACAUAUAACGCAGAGAAUUGCUCCUCAUUCACGGCAGCUAAGAGCUGUGACGCCAUGAACAGGGCGACCAAUAGGAAUGGCCAGACGAUGCAGACUGGGGUGUGUUCUGUCAUGUGAUUGGUUGAUUGGCCUGAGGAUCAAUUCAACUACAUCAAGUGUUUCUGCAGUGUUGCAGUCAAGAAGUUUGAGCCACUCCUUGCUGCUCUCAGGUGUCUGUCUGCUGCCUCCUGCUGAUUCAUUUCUGUAGUGCUCUUCUGAGAUUUCCAGGGGCCCAUAGCAAGGACCCGGGGCCCGAACCUUCUCCAGAGGAGAACACAGGAAGACCUGGGGUUCAUACCCAAUUACAGUGCAGUACAUUUACACUCACGCACAAAUGUAUGCACUCACGCACACAAAUGCAAACUUUAAUUUCUUUGACCCAAGCUACUGUCGAUGAAGCUUUAGAAGUGUACAUUCUGUCCUUCUAU